AACAGGACCUGCCUCCCUCCCUCCUCUUGGCACACUUGCAGUCAAAGCUGAAUACUGCUGUUCUGACAUCUCCUUCUAGCCUUCAAUUUCAGCUCAUCAUCUUAGGUACCUUGGUCAUGGCUCGGCUGUUUUUCUUGAUCGUUGCCUUUUUCACUGGACCUGGCCUUUUAGAAUCUUCAUCCCACGUACGCCUGGUGGGAGGUCCACAUCGCUGUGAAGGGCGAGUGGAAGUGCAACGGAAUGGCGAAUGGGGCACCAUAUGUGAUGACGGCUGGGACAUGAACGACGUGGCUGUGGUGUGUCGGGAGCUGGGCUGUGGAGCAGCCAUAAGGACACCCAGUGGUGUUAUAUAUAAGCCAUUGGCAGAUGAAGACCAAAAAGUCCUUAUCCAAGACGUCAACUGCACUGGGGUGGAAGAAAAUCUAAUUCAAUGUGAACAAGAUGAAGAUGUUUAUAGUUGCUCCCACAAUGAGGAUGCAGGAGCGAAGUGUGAAUUUCCAGAGACUGUGCAGCUGGUUGGCGGGCCUGGGCGCUGCAAGGGACGAGUGGAAGUGAAGCACAAAGGGCAGUGGGGCACCGUAUGCAAAGCAGGCUGGAAUCUCUCAGCUGCAAAGGUGGUGUGUCGGCAGCUGGGGUGUGGGAGGGCCAUACUGACCCAGAGAUGCUGCAGCAAGUCUACCCAGGGCCAAGGGCCCAUCUGGCUGAGUGAGGUAUCAUGCUCGGGAAAGGAAGCAGACCUUGAGGAUUGCCCUUCUGGACUUUGGGGGAAGAAUAACUGCACCCAUGACGAGGACACGUGGGUCGAAUGUGAAGAUCCCUUUCAAUUGAGGCUGGUAGGAGGAGAAAGCAAGUGCUCUGGGCGACUGGAGGUGCUGCACAAGGGUGAAUGGGGCACGGUCUGUGACGAUGGCUGGGGAGAAAAGGAGGAACAGGUGGUCUGCAAGCAACUGGGCUGCGGGGAGCCUGUCUUUGUAUCUGCCAAAGACCGGAGAAGGUUCGGCUUUGGGAAUGGCCGCAUCUGGCUGGAUGAUGUUUACUGCUCAGGGCAGGAGCAGUCCCUGGAGCAGUGCCGACACAGGUUCUGGGGGCAUCACAACUGCAACCACCGGGAAGAUGUGGCUGUGGACUGCUUAGAACAUAAUCCUGACCUUCUUGGUGCUUGACCUGCAGGUCCAGAGUGACCUUUACUUUCUCAUGGGGCCCUGACUGGCCCAGCAUGAGCACUGGGCCUGCAGGCUUUACCUGCUGCUCCCUCAGCCCCUCAACAGGAGUCUGAACACUCUGCCACACCUGGCUCUCAGAGCCAAGUAGCCCCAUCGCUGCCUGGAGAUGUGAGUUGUUGAAGUGUUUCUUGCUGGAGAAGAUGCACUCCCAGUCACCCUCUCCUCACUGCUGACCCUUUGACAUUGGUUCUCUCCUCUCCUGCUUCUUCUCAGCCAGCCUGGGAUCCCCAAGCCUGUUCCUUUAACCAUGACAGUCCAUUUCUAAGACAAGAUCUAUGUCUGUAAGGAACAUGAAAGGAACGGGACAACAAAAGGAAUAUUGGAAAGGAAAUAUGGGUAAACAAUUAUCUAUGGAAAUGGGAGGAAACCUUAGAGUCUUUUUGAACUCUUUUUCUCAAGCUUCAGGUGUUCACAACAAUUAACACCUCACUAUUUUCUUAGUUAUUGAUGACAGUAGAUCAUUUUUCAAGAGCAGAGCAGGAUUUGUGAUCCUAGAGAUUUUCAUGACACUUGAGAAAAGAUUUCACAUCCCCUGAAUGCCCAUGGUAAAAUACCUUCGUUGACCAUCCGCAUACAACUUGCUAAUGUGCUGUGCAUUUAACAAGAAGAAUCUCACAAAUGAAUUAUCUUAGGAAAAAUAUAUUGGCAUAGAGCUGCCACUGGGAGAAGGGAAAGGAAGGGAUGCAAAAAGAGUUUGGGGAGGUCCAGAGUUGUGUCUCAUGCAAAUCAGAUGAUAUCAUUUUAAUUUUAUCAACUCAGACUUUGAAGUCUGCAAGUCUGAGGCAAGACAGAGCUGCACUGAGCUGAGAAUCAUGACUUAAUCCUAAAAAUGGACAGCUUUAGAUUCAGACCAAGUUGAGUGGCUGCAACAAGCCUUCAUUUAUGCUUUCUAAUAAAGUACAUCUUGAAGUCUCAA